AUAAACCUCUCACUACUAGUCCCCGUUUUUCUCUCUCUACUGGUUUGUGUAGUUUUCAAACGCUAUGACCACUGUCGCCAUUGCCGGAGCUCUUUCUCUACCCAUUUCUCUCUGUAAAUCAUCUAAAUACAGCUCCAAAAAGGGUAUUAAAGGAGGGUUUGGGGUGUUUGCUGUAAUUGGAGAGGAAGGUGGGUUGGUGGCGAAGAAAAGCGUUUUAGGGACGAUUUUUGAUGUGGAAGAUCCAAGGUCUAAAUUCCCACAAUGUAAAGGGAAGUUUUUGGAUGUAUAUCAAGCUCUGGAAGUGGCUAGAUAUGAUAUAGAAUAUUGCGAUUGGCGAGCUCGGCAGGAUGUCCUCACUAUUAUGCUUCUCCAUGAAAAGGUUGUUGAAGUUCUAAAUCCCCUUGCUCGAGAGUACAAAUCGAUUGGGACAUUGAAGAAGGAGCUUGCUGGGUUGCAAGAAGAAUUAGCAAAAGCUCAUACGCAGGUUCAUAUAUCUGAAGCAAGGGUGGAAACUGCUUUUGAUAAACUAGCUUACAUGGAAGAAUUGGUUAACGACAGGCUUUUACAAGACAGGAACACAGCAGAAGCCCCGUCUCCUUCUCCCAGCACAUCAUCAACAUCUUUAGAUACUGUGAAUAAAAAGCUUCCUCAAAAAAUCCUCAAUGUGUCGGGUCCAGUUCGACCUUACCAUCAUAGACUAAAGAAUUUUUGGUAUCCUGUGGCUUUCUCCACUGAUCUGAAACAUGACACUAUGAUUCCAAUUGAGUGCUUUGAGGAACCAUGGGUUGUCUUUCGUGGAAAAGAUGGGAAGCCUGGAUGUGUUCAGAACACUUGUGCACAUAGAGCGUGUCCUCUUCACCUUGGUUCAGUAAAUGAAGGCCGCAUCCAGUGUCCCUAUCAUGGGUGGGAGUACUCAACAGAUGGAAAAUGUGAAAAGAUGCCAUCAACUCGUUUGGUUAAUGUGAAGCUCAAAUCAUUGCCUUGUUUCGAGCAAGAGGGAUUGAUAUGGAUUUGGCCUGGCAAUGACCCUCCUGCAGCCACUCUUCCUUCUUUACAACCUCCUCCGGGAUUCUGUGUUCAUGCUGAGAUUGUCAUGGAACUUCCAGUGGAACAUGGGCUACUUCUGGAUAACCUGUUAGAUCUUGCACACGCUCCAUUUACCCAUACUUCCACUUUUGCCAAGGGUUGGGCUGUUCCCAGUUUAGUAAAAUUUUUGACACCUGCAUCUGGCCUCCAAGGAUACUGGGACCCUUAUCCAAUAGAUAUGGAAUUUCGACCACCUUGUAUGGUGUUAUCAACCAUUGGGAUCUCAAAGCCUGGAAAACUAGAGGGACAGAGUGCAAAGCAGUGUGCAACCCAUCUUCACCAACUUCACGUAUGCCUACCUUCAUCAAGACAGAAAACAAGAUUAUUGUAUAGGAUGUCCCUGGAUUUCGCUCCUGUGCUGAAACACAUUCCAUUCAUGCAUUACCUCUGGAAGCAUUUUGCUGAACAGGUCUUGAAUGAGGAUCUAAGACUUGUAAUCGGGCAGCAAGAACGGAUGAUCAAUGGAGCAAAUGUAUGGAAUAGACCAGUAGUCUAUGAUAAACUAGGAGUAAGAUACAGGUUAUGGAGAGAUGCCGUUGAGCAAGGAGAGAAGCAACUACCCUUCAGCAAAUAAAUACAAAAUCCAAUGAACUGAACUUCUUUGAUCCCUUGCCACAAUGGGCUUCCCUCUUCAACUUGCACACCACCAGCUAAUGAUCGUUAUGCUGCAGCAUUGGCCAAGGAUACCCAAUAAGACUCACCGGAAACUGUUCAUUGAGCAGAGGCAAGAGAGGAUGUAGACUCCAGAUAGAAGCCCUGGUAAGAUCAGAGAAACUGUACACUAAUCUUAUUUCCUUGCGUACAGUUUUUGUUUUUUUUUUGACAUGAUUUCUUUCCUUUGAGAAUUCAUCCAUGUAGUGAAGCAUUGGAUGUCCCUAUUGUUGUAUAUAUCACACCAACAUUCAGAACAAUGAAUAAAAAGUAGAAGGCACAAAAAGGGAAAAGCACAGAAGAACGUUUUGUAACUCCAUCUCAUGUACAAACGCUGGAAUUACAGAGCUUCACCACAAAAGGGGCAAUAGCUAAAUUCAG